AACUAUCUCCAGGAUAAAUGUCAAAAAACAUCAUAGCCCAGAGCUGGGACUACAAACUAUUCAGUGUCUCAAAUUUCUACUGCCAGUGGACCAUAGACAACUUCCAUUUUAUUUUAGAGGAAGAGCAGGGCAGCAUUAUAAGUCCAAGUUUCUCAACAGGAGACAAUGACAACUGGUGUUUGAGAGUUCAUCCGAACGGGGUCGAUGAAGAAAGCUCAGAUUACCUGUCAGUUAACCUAAAGCUGCUCAGCUCUCCAAAGAGUGACAUUAUUGCACAGUUUCAGCUCUGGAUCAUCAAUGUCAAAGGAGAAAAAACAGAAACUGUCACAAGUCCAAAAUCCUUUAGGUUCCUGCCAGGCAUUGAAGGGGGUUACAAAAUGUUCAUCCUUAGAGAUUUUCUCUUGGACCAUGAGUAUUGGCUUCUCCCUGAAGACAAACUCACCCUCUUCUGCAGAGGACUCCUGUAUCCAGACUCCCACAACAUCUCCGAGGAAAGCACAAACCCAGAGAUUCAGGCUUCAAGGUGCAUGUUGGCAGAUGAGCUAGGAGAUCUCUGGGAGAAUUCCCACUUCACAGACUGCUGCCUGUUUGUAGCUGGCCAGGAAUUCCUGGCUCACAAGGCCAUCUUAGCUGCUCGCUCUCCAGUUUUCAGAGCCAUGUUUGAACAUGACAUGGAGGAAAGAAGAAACAACUGUGUUGAGAUUCAUGACCUGGAACCUGAAGUCUUCAAGGCAAUGAUGGGCUUCAUUUACACCGGGAAGGAACCAGACCUAGACAGCAUGGCAGAUACUGUGCUGGCAGCUGCUGAUAUGUACGGCCUGGAGGGUUUGAAGAUCCUGUGUGAGAGGGCCCUCUGCAGGAACCUCUCUGUGGAGAAUGCUGCCCACACUCUCUUCCUGGCCGACCUCCAUAGCACACAGCAAUUGAAAACUCAGGCCCUGGAUUUCAUUACAGCUCAUGCUUCUGAGGUCUCUGAGACCUCAAGUUGGAAGACAAUGGUGGAUUUAUACCCCUACUUGGAGGCUGAAGCAUACAGCUCCCUUGCUUCUCCUCAACGUUCUUUACUGGAGUCUCCCCUCAAAGGCCUGAAGCAAACCUAGAACCCUAUCAACUUUGAGCUACAUGUGUAUCCCAGAGGCAGCAGCCAGUGCUGCUACCAAUGCUGCUACCAGGUAGACUAUGAGGUAUGUGGAGCAUUCACACUGAAUGUGCUGAGACAAGCUUUAAUACUGUUUAUGUGUCGAAUGGUAUAGCAGUAUAUAUCAAAAUUUGUAUUUUGAUAAUUAAAUCUCGACUGAAGACUAGAGACAAAGCUAAAGCCACUAGAGGUCAGACAAUGGUGAGUCACACCUUUAAUCACAGAAUUUGGGAGGGAGAGCCAGAAGGAUCUCUGUGAGUCAAGGCUACUCUGGGCUACACACGAUCAAUGUAGGAACUAAUCCAGGUGGUGGUGGCUCACACCUUCAAUCCCUGUUCUAGAGAAUCCCAGCACUAGAGGUAAUGUAAAAUGGGAAGA